CCUUAACCCCCGUCCCUCUCCACAGGUGCUGGCCUCGCACCUGGAGUCGGCGGGGUUCCAGGCUUAGUGCCUGGGGCCGGCAUGGUGCCAGUCGCAACGCCGGGGGCUGGUGGGGUGCCAGUUGUAACGCCGGGGACUGGGGGCUUUGUGCCCGGUGUGGGAAGAGUGCCAGGCACGGGCAUUGUACCUGGAGUAGGGAUUCCCCAGCUGGGCGUGCAGCCAGGCGCCAAGCCUCCCAAGUACGGUAGGCACCUCCCCACCUUGGCCCAGCCAAUGGCUCUUCUCUGCCCUCCACCGACUGUGGCCCAUCCUGCCCACUUUUCCCCUGUGCCCUCUGUGUGGAGGGCUGAGGAGCUGUCCUGUCGCUCAGCGCAGACAGCCAGAGCCAGCCACCUGUCUCUCCAGACUGACAGCAACUUCCGUCUGGAGCCGCCGACAUCCAUCCUGGGGACCCUGUCUCCACCCACCGGCCUUGGCUUUGAAACUCUGCCCCUCUCCUGCCCUGCACUGCCCCUCUGGGGAGCUAGGGCCUCCAGAGCCUAGGCCAGAUCCAGCAAAGGCAGCUUCCCCAUAGCCACUGCUCCUGCCCUGUUCCACACCCCUCUUCUACUGAGGGGAACGGGGAAGACAUAACAUAAGAACGGCCACACUGGGUCAGACCAAAGAUCCAUCUAGCCCAACAUCCUGUCU